UAACAUUACCCUUCCCCUCCAUUACAGUCCCUAAAGAAAACAAACACUUCAACAACGAUGUCAAAGAAAAAUGCAAUUUCCUUUGUGAGAAAUGAACCAGCUUUUAUACAAAAAUUUAAGGAGAAAGUAGGAUAUAAAGAAGACGUAGACGUCAAUGCAAAGAGAGCAAAAAUGCCAGAUUUUGAUGAAGAUGAUGACUCACCAGAGAAAGAUGAUGAGAAACCGAUGGUUGUUGUUCUGAAGAAGGGAGAUCUAACUGCUGAUGAAGCAAACAAUGAACAGAAAGCACUAGAUAGCAAAGCUGAUGAUGAAGCAAUUGCAGAUGGUAAAAUAACUUUUAAAAAGCCAGAGAAAAGAUCAAGUGAAUCAACAUCAGAUCUUAAUACCAGUUCAGCCAAAAAGAAGAAAGACUCAAUCAAAUCUUUAAAAUCAAACUCUAAAAAAGUUAAUGACAAAAAACUAUUGUCGUUUGGUGAUGAAGAAGAGGAAGAUGACACUUAAUAUAAAUCGUUAUUUAUGUAUAACUGAUGUGAAAUGUUAAUAUGUAAGAUGAAAUGCACUUUUUGGAAAUUUAUAUGCUGGUGUCAAGUAUUUUUAUCAAGUGUUAAUUGUGAGCUUAUUUUUUAAGAGGAGAGAUGGGAAAUCUGUUAAAUGUAGCGAAAUUUUGAAAUUUGACAUUAUGAUUGCAUGCAUCAAGAUAAAUUGUUAAGUGGUGUCUAUAAGCUUAAAGUAUGGAAGAGAAAUGAGAAAAUAAUAAAUAAUAUGUAUUCUACAAUCAGCCAACUAUUGUACAAAUAACAGGAACACAAAUAAUUUUUUUGUUUAUUUGUAGUUAUACAAAUAAAGUCUCCUGUUACUACACUCCCAUGUUGAGCAAAUGGUAAUGUGAAUAUUUCAUUUUGCAUAACAGUUCAUUUUGGGGUCCUCUUUGCAGUCUACUUUUAAAAUAUGAAAAUUUCUUUGAAAAAUCAGAGACUUUUUGGAUUUAAACAAACCUGAACCUUAAAGAGUCAGGUGUGAAUUAUAGGAUAAAAACAAUCGAUUUACAUUGUUGGAUACAUAAAAUUUAUUUGUACUCACUACAAAAAAAGCUUGGCGAUCAUUACUUACGUCCUGUUUCUAAAGCUAUUACAAAUGAAUUUUAUAUUUUAGGACAAUGUACAAAUAUCGUAUAUAUAUAUAUAUAUAGUAACGGUGAGGUGAAGUAGCACUUCUUGUGAAUUAUUAUCUGUAAGUUAAAUAAAAAACUGUCAGUCCUUGAUAUCCUUGUUAGAUCUCUUUAAUUGAUUUUGAAAUUUUCAAUAAUUAUUGUGAAAAUUUUGUUGUAAAAAUAUUACGACUUACCAACUUUUAUAUUUUGUAAUGUUAAUCAUGUUAAUGAAAUUUUUUAAACAUU